AUGAGCGAGCGAGAGAGGGAGGCAGAAGAGGAUGAGGAAGGGGGCAGCUCCGACACAGCACCCAUGCUGCCUGGGAGGCUGUCUACCCGCCAGGCCUCUGCCCCCACAGGCCCAAGGAGGCCCGGCCUGGCCGCCCCAGGCCUCGGGACUUUGCUGCUGCCUGGGAGGGCCCUGGUUGUGCUCUUGUUCCACCUGCUGCUGCCUGGGACAGUCUUCCUGCUGGUGCUGCUGCCCGCAGCUGCCGUGGUCUACCUGGGAUUCCUGUGCCAUUCCAGGCCUGUACCAGGGGCCAUGAGGGGCCACCGGGGCCACCAGAUCCACCAGGGCAUCAGGGGCUGCCAGGGGAUCAGGACACCAGGGCACCAGGGGAUUGGGGUACCAGGGGAUCGGGACACCAGGGGAUCAGGACACCAGGGGAUCGGGACACCAGGGGAUCGGGGUACCAGGGGAUCGGGGUGUAAGUUCCUACUGUGGGGACCCUUCCCAGAUGAAGCAGCACUGCCCUGCCGAGCCCCCUGCAGUCUCCCCAGGGGCCCUGAGUCGCUGGCUCUCUUCAGAGAACCCAGCUUCUUCCCUGACCUUGUGCCGCUCUGCACUGGUGUCUGGAAAUCCUUGCUCUUCCACGUGCUCCCUCCAUGA